CCCCCCCCCCCCUUGACCAUAUUAUUUUUCCUCUCAAUUCACCAUUGACGAUUAGGGAAGAAGAAAGCUAUGGCGGCACCGAUUGUUAACGCUGAGUACAUGAAAGAGAUCAACAAGGCUCGCCGUGAUCUCCGGUCCAUCAUCUCGAGCAAGAACUGUGCUCCGAUCAUGCUUAGAUUGGCAUGGCACGAUGCUGGAACCUAUGAUGCGCAGUCGAAGACAGGGGGACCUAAUGGGUCUAUAAGGAACGAGGAGGAGUACACUCAUGGUGCUAAUAGUGGUUUAAAGAUCGCUCUUGAACUCUGUGAGGGAGUGAAAGCUAAACAUCCUAAAAUCACAUAUGCAGAUCUAUACCAGCUUGCUGGUGUGGUAGCAGUGGAGGUUACUGGUGGACCUGACAUCAGUUUCCAACCUGGGAGAAAAGAUUCAAAUGUCUGUCCUAGGGAAGGAAGACUUCCUGAUGCUAAAAAAGAUUUCCAACAUCUUAGAGAUGUCUUCUACCGCAUGGGGUUAUCUGAUAAGGAUAUUGUAGCACUCUCAGGGGGUCAUACUCUGGGAAGAGCUCAUCCAGAGAGGUCUGGCUUCGAUGGACCUUGGACUCAAGAGCCUCUGAAGUUUGAUAACUCCUACUUCGUGGAACUGCUAAAAGGAGAAUCCGAGGGCUUGUUGAAGCUUCCAUCUGACAAGACUCUAUUGGAAGAUCCAGAGUUUCGUCGUUAUGUUGAGCUUUAUGCUAAGGAUGAAGAUGCAUUCUUCAGAGACUACGCAGAAUCUCACAAGAAACUCUCUGAGCUCGGUUUCAACCCCAACGCCUCCGCGGCCAAAGCUUGUUCAGACAGCACUGUUCUGGCUCAGGGAGCAUUCGGGGUUGCUAUUGCGGCUGCGGUCGUUGCCUUGAGUUACUUUUACGAGAUCCGGAAGAAGAUGAAGUAAAAGGAGCCACGAAGCAAAAGAUUAUCUUAUCUUUGCAUUAAUGAAUACUAUCAAUCAUCUUAUAGAAUGUGUACUGCUGCUACAAAGAUGUUAAAACUCUUUAAUCCACUAUGUUGUAGUAAAAAAGACUAAGUCAAUGGUUUGGUUUCAUGA